CUAUGAGCAAGACGUGAAAAUACACGGCACAUACGUUUUACAAUUUACUUUGUUGUAUUUUUGUCUUUAAAUGUAAAAACAUGUCUAACGAUAGACGAUAUAGAAAAGUAAGUGAACGGGAUACAUUCGACAAAGAGCAGCAACGAAAACGGUGCAAAAUUGACAGUUUGCAUGAAACUAAAGGGUUAAAAGUCUUAUCACCACCAGCAUGUACAUCAAAUGUUGAGAAAACCUUGGCUGAACAAAGUCCUUGGAAAUCUAUUUCAAAUUGUGCAGAUCAACAAAUCGAAAAGGAAAACUACAAUGAAUUUCCACCUUUGACUGAUGGAAAUAAAUUUGAUUCAUGGUAUACACCACAACAACCAAUAGCAUGUUGGGCAGAUUUCAUAGAGGAAGAAGAGAGUGAGAUAGCUAGAAAAAAGAAUUUCAAGAAAAAGCAAAGGUUCCAAAGAAAACUUAACCUGUGUGAUGAUGACGACACUAAAAGACAAAGCAAAAAGAUGAAGGAAAGAAAACCCAUUUUGACUGAUGAACAUCGCCUAGCUCAAAGACAAAAGCAAAUUGACUAUGGCAAAAACACAGUUGCAUAUGGAAGAUAUGUCAUGCAAAAGCCACGUCAUUGUCGGAGUGUCGAAGAUCCUAAAACACCAGAUAAGUUCCAGGUAUGUAGCACAAGGUCCUGGACUGGACAGGUCCGAUGUUGGAGAAUAAAGCUCCACGAGUGGGAUCCUCCAAAUCCCAUGCAUGGUCAUGGUUCAAGUAUAUUUGAUCUUGUAUCACAAAGCAACAAUCAUGAUGAUGUUAACUCUGACAUGAGAAGCUCUACUUCAUCAUCUCAGAGUGAAGAUUUUUCAGAGACUUGAAUAUUGAUGCAUGCUUACUACCAAAAAGCUAAAGGCUCAUGAAAGACCAUAGCAAGACCAAGUUUGUAAUGUUGAUUAAGGUGAUAAACAUCUUUGAUGAUAUGUACAUAGUUUUUAUUUUUAGUUUCAAUAUGUUAUUACAAUAUUGAAAGUUGUUUUUUGUAUUUUCACAAAAAAUGUUUCAAUUCCAUUUUGGUUUUAUUUGUAAUGCAAAGCCCAAGAAUAUUAAACUGUUCAUAGUUAAUUGCAAAAAA